AUGCUUGCAAUUGAGCGGCCGCUGGAUAGGAGUGAAGCAGUGAUUGGGAAAGACUCGACGCAUGCGAAUACGGAGUGCUCAGGGUGGAGAUCGGCUGCAGGGCGGCCAUGGCCAAUGCCGAAGCCGCCUCAAAACCCGCCGCCGGACACAGCGCCACUAGAGUUGAAUUUGAAAAAAGAAAUGGAUGAGCUGGAAGGCACACAGUUGAUUGAGCUAAUGGGA